AUGCCACCCGCCUCACCAAUCGAGCUCACCCUGGUGCUCGCUGCAACGCGAGACAUGGGCAUCGGCCGCGCCGGGACUCUGCCAUGGACGGGCCUGAAAAAGGAGAUGGCAUACUUUGCCCGCGUCACCAAGCGUCUCCCUGCAGCGGAUGCCAAGCAAGCGACGACGGCACUCAACGCCGUCAUAAUGGGCCGCAAGACGUGGGAGAGCAUCCCGCCCAAGUUCCGCCCGCUCAAGGGCCGGCUGAACGUCGUCCUGAGCCGGUCGUUCCCGGAGCUCAAGGCCCCACCACCGCCGCCGUCGCCAUCAUCGGCCCUCACGAUGAAGACAGACGCGACAGACACGACUACUGCUGCUGUGGAUCCGGUCGUGAACGACAGGGAGCCCAUCCAAGCCCGCUCGCUGCCCGAGGCGCUGGCGUACCUCGGCCAGCUCAGGGAGCAGCGCCAGGCCGUGGGCAGAGUCUUCGUCAUCGGCGGGGCGCAGAUCUACGACGCCGCCCUGGGCCUGCCCGAGACGCGCCGGGUGCUCUUCACGAGCGUCGCGUCCGACUUUGAGUGCGACACGUCGGUGGCGCUGCGGCUGGGCGAGGGGUCCGGUUGGAGAAGGGCGUCCAAGGAGGAGCACGACGCCUGGGUGGGCGACGAGGUCCCGGCGGGCCUGCAGGAGGAGAACGGGACGCAGUACGAGUUUCAAAUGUGGGAGAGGUCGGAUUGA